AUGGACGUGGACGUGGACGUGGUCGUGGACGUGGACGUGGACCUGGACGUGGACCGGGACGUGGACGUGGACGUGGUCGUGGACGUCGACGUGGACGUGGACGUGGUCGUGGACGUUAACGUGGAUGUGGACGUGGACGUGGACCUGGACGUGGACGUGGACGUGGACCUGGACGUGGACUUGGACGUGGACGUCGACUUAGAUGUGGUCGUGGACGUGGAUGUGGAGGUUGUCGUGGACGUGGACGUGGACGUGGUCGUGGACAUGGACGUCGACGUGGACGUGGACAUGGACCUGGUCGUGGAUGUAGACAUGAACGUGGUCGUGGACGUGGACGUGGUCGUGGAUGUAAACGUAGAUGUGGACGUGGGCGUGGACGUGGACGUGGACGUGGAUCUGGACGUGGUCGUGGACGUGGUCGUGGACGUGGACGUGGACGUGGUCGUGGACGUGGACGUCGACGUGGUCGUGGACGUGGACGUGGACGUGGUCGUGGACGGGAACAUGGACGUGGUCGUGGACGUGGACGUGGACGUGGACAAGGACUUGGACGUGCACGUGGACGUGGACGUGGGCGUGGACAUGGACGUGGACGUGGACGUGAACGUGUUCGUGGACGUGGACGUGGACGUGGACGUGGAUUUGGAUGUGGACGUGGAUUUGGACGUGGACGUGGACAUGGACGUGGACCUGGACGUGGACAUGGAUGUGGACGUGGACGUGCACGUGGACGUGGACGUGGACGAUGACGUGGACGUGGACUUGGACGUGGACGUGCACGUGGACGUGGACUUAGACGUGGACGUGGUCGUGGACGUGGACGUGGACGUGGACUUGGACGUGGUCGUGGACAUGGACGUGGACGUCGACAUGGCCAUGGACGUGGACAUGGUCGUGGACGUGGACGUGGACGUAGACGUGGACAUGGACGUGGUCGUGGACGAGGACGUGGACGUGGACGUGGACGUGGACGUGGACGUGGACCUGGACAUGGACGUGGACGUGGACGUGGUCGUGGACGUGGACGUGGUCGUGGACGUGGACGUGGACGUAGUCGUGGACGUGGACGUGGACGUGGACGUGGUCGUGGACGUGGACGUGGACGUGGACGUGGACGUGGAAGUGGACGUGGUCGUGGACGUGGACGUGGUCGUGGACGUGGACCUGGACGUGGACGUGGACGUGGACGUGGAGGACGUGGACGUGGACGUGGUCGUGGACGUGGACGUGGACGUGGACGUGGAGGACGUGGACGUGGACUUGGAGGACGUGGAUGUGGACGUGGACCUGGACGUGGACGUGGACGUCUACGUAGACGUGGUCGUGGACGUGGACGUGGCAUGGACGUGGACGUGGACGUGGACGGACAUGGACGUGGAUGUGGAGGACGUGGACGUGGACGUGGUCGUGGACGUGGACGUGGACCUGGACGUGGACGUGGGCUUGGACGUGGACGUGGACGUGGACGUGGACGUGGUCAUGGACGUGGACGUGGUCUUGGACGUGGACGUGGUCAUGGACGUGGACGUGGACGUGGACGUGGAAGUGGACGUCGACGUGGACGUCGACGUGGACGUGGACGUGGACAUAGACGUGGUCGUGGAUGUGGACCUGGACGUGGACGUGGACGUGGACAUGGAGGACGUGGACGUGGACGUGGACGUGGUCGUGGACGUGGACGUAGACGUGGACGUGGAGGACGUGGACGUGGACGUGGAGGACGUGGACGUGGACGUGGACCUGGAGGACGUGGACGUGGACGUGGACGUGGACGUCGACGUGGACCGGGACGUGGACGUGGACUUGGACGUGGACGUGGACGUGGACGUGGUUGUGGACGUGGACGUGGACGUGGACGUGGACCUGAACGUGGACGUGGACUCGGACGUCGUGGACGUGGACGUGGACGUGGACAUGGACGUGGACGUAGACCUGGACGUGGACGUGGACGUGGACGUGGACCUGGACGUGGACGUGGACGUGGUCGUGGACGUGGACGUGGUUGUGUACGUGGACGUGGACGUGGUCAUGGACGUGGUCGUGGACGUGGUCGUGGACGUGGACGUGGACGUAGACGUGGAGGCGGACGUGGACGUGGACAUAGACGUGGACGUGGUCGUGGACGUGGACGUGGACGUGGUCGUGGACGUGGACUAA